UCGCCUCGCGCCCGCCAUGCAUCUCGGCUUGCUGCUGCUGCUCGUCGCCGUCUGCCUGCUGCAGACGGCGCGCGCCGACUUCUUCCAGCACUUCUUCCAGCACGGCGCCGCGCAGCAGGAGCAGGAGGCGCCGCCCGCCGGCGACGCCAGCUGGUUCCAUGCACGCGUGCAGGCCGCGCAAUGUGGCCGCUACCUAUGCCCGGACACGCUGGCCUGCGUCGGCCGGCCGGCCGAGUGUCCGUGUCCCUUCCCGCAGCAGAUCCGGUGUCCCUAUCCCGACGUCGCUGCCGGCGCACAGACGGCGCUGAGCGCCGGCGGCAGCUUCUGCGUGCAGGCGGCCGACUGCAGCGGCGUGGAUGCACUGCGCAAGGCGCCCUCGUUCAGCCUCGAGGCCUUCGAGCACUCUGACUGAAUGCACACUGGGUUCAAGAU